AUGUCUGAACAUCCGGAGGUUAUUGGUCCAGACUCUGUUGAGGGUCAUAAAAUGACUAAGUUCUUUAAUAAGAUUAGUGGUCAACCAGCUUCAUAUGUUAACAAAACAGAUUAUGUUUUUGGUAAGACUUUAGGUGCAGGUUCAUUUGGUGUUGUUAGACAAGCUAGAAGAAUUUCUACUGGAGAGAAUGUAGCUGUUAAGAUUUUGUUGAAGAAAGCAUUAAAGGGUAAUUGUGUACAAAUAGAAAUGCUUUAUGAUGAAUUAUCUAUUUUACAAAAAUUACACCAUCCUAAUAUCGUGGAUUUUAAAGCUUGGUUCGAAUCUAAGGAUAAAUUUUAUAUUGCUACUCAACUAGCCACUGGUGGUGAAUUAUUCGAUAGAAUUUUAGCAAGAGGUAAAUUUACUGAAGUUGAUGCAGUGAGGAUAAUAGUACAAUUAUUGCAAGGUAUCAAAUACAUCCACUCUAAAGAUAUUGUUCAUAGAGAUUUGAAACCAGAAAAUGUCUUGUAUAUAGACAAAUCUGACGAUUCUCCUUUGGUUAUCGCAGAUUUUGGUAUUGCCAAGCAAUUGAAAAGUGGUGACGAUCUUAUAUUCAAGGCUGCCGGUUCUCUAGGAUACGUCGCUCCUGAAGUGUUGACUGUAAAUGGUCAUGGUAAACCAUGUGAUAUAUGGUCCUUAGGUGUCAUCACUUACACUUUACUAUGUGGUUAUUCUCCAUUCAUAGCAGAAAGUGUAGAAGGUUUCCUUGAUGAAUGUACCAGUGGUAAAUACCCUGUCAAAUUCCAUAGACCUUAUUGGGAUACUAUAUCAGAUGAAGCAAAAGAAUUCAUUUUAAGAGCUUUGAUUUUGGAACCAAGUAAAAGGCCUACCGCUUCUGAAUUAUUAGAAGAUCCAUGGAUUGCUACCAAAUGUGCUCUACAAAAUGAUCUGUUACCUGAUUUAAGACAAGGAUUCGAUGCUCGUAAGAAAUUCCGUGAGGCUGUGGAAAUUGUUAAAUUGAAUAAUAGAAUUAACAAAUUGAGAAGCUUAUACUGCUCAGAAGGCGAAUCAGAAACUGAUAUUGAGGAAAAUUCAACAAAAACUUUUAUGGAAUCGUUAACUGAUUCUCUAAAUGAUUUAAAAUUGAGGGCUGAUAAAAGUUCACAGAAUCCUAAGUUAUCAGAUGAAGAGAAAAAAGAAUUGAAAUCAACUUUGACUCAAAAUGCCUUCGCCCAAAUCGUCAGAGCUGCUACUAAGAACAAGGAAAAGAUUUUAAACUAUAAUGAGGAAGAUAAUACUGAUUAA